GCCAGGCAGGGCUUAGGUUAGGAGAAGCCGGCAGCGGCCGGGGCUGCUUCCAAGGGCCCGCCAUGUGGUCCCUGCUGCCGCGCCUCGGGCGGGCGCUCCGCUUGGCCGCAGGGCAGCAGACAGGGCUCUGCAGCAGCGCCAGCGCCGCCGCUUCAGGGAAGGACGGAGAGUCCGCCGGGCAGCUCAGCAUACAACAACCUACCUUUGGCUUCCUGUUUGACAUCGAUGGAGUAUUGGUGCGAGGGAAGACGCCAAUUCCUGCUGCAAGAAAAGCCUUUCAAAAACUUCUUAACUCUCAGGGAGAAUUUUUGGUGCCUGUAGUCUUUGUCACUAAUGCAGGAAACUGUCUUCGUCAGAAGAAAGCAGACCAGCUGUCACAUAUCCUUGGAGUGCCAAUUUCUCAAGACCAAGUUAUGAUGUCCCACAGUCCUCUGCGAAUGUUCAGACGUUACCAUGACAAAUGUGUUCUUGUAUCUGGUCAAGGGCCACUUCUUGAUAUUGCUAAGCAACUUGGAUUUUUUCACCCCAUUACAAUUGACAGACUACGAGAAACGUAUCCAUUAUUGGAUAUGGUGGACCAUGACAGAAGACCUAAAGUUUUGCAUCCACCUGCAGUUGAGCUUCCCAAGAUCGAGGCAAUUAUUUUGUUUGGCGAGCCAGUGAGAUGGGAAACUAACCUGCAGUUGAUAAUAGAUGUGCUUUUGACAAGUGGCUAUCCUGGAAAUCCAUAUCCUCAGGGAACAAACUCCCAUAUUCCUGUAUUGGCUUGCAAUAUGGAUCUGAUGUGGGCAGCUGAAGCCCAGUCUCCAAGGUUUGGACAUGGAACAUUCAUGGUUUGUCUGGAAAAUAUUUACAAAAAGAUCACUGGCAAGGAGCUGAAAUAUGAAGCUUUGAUGGGAAAGCCUAGUGCACUGACGUAUCACUAUGCAGAGUACUUGAUCAGAACACAAGCAGCAGCAAAACAAUGGAAGAAACCUAUUCAAACUCUCUAUGCAAUUGGGGAUAACUUGAUGACAGAUAUUUAUGGUGCUAACCUUUACAACCGCUACCUUGAAGAGAACAGCUCCAGAAGAGGCUCCAAGGCCCGUGUCCAGGCCCAAGCAGCUGGAGGCACAAGGUCCGCCACUGUCUCUCAGGAAGAACUGGACAACAGCUGGGAGAGUGAAUUGGCAUCUGCUUCGGCCACAAGCUGCCAUUCUGUCCUCGUUUGCACUGGGGUUUACAACCCUCACACAGAAGUCCCCUCUGACACAAGGGAGAGCAUCACUGAGACUGUGUUUCAUGGGCACAGAGAUUUCAGAUUUGAUCCAGCUUUAGUAGAACCAGACCACAUUGUGCCAGAUGUUGAUGCUGCUGUUGACUUAAUCUUCCAGCUGGAGAACUUUGCACCAAAUGAAAAUUGCAGGACUUCUUAACAGCCUCUCAAUGGUUAUACUUGUUUCUCUUUUGGAAAAAAAGUGGGGGCACUUAAUAGAAUUCACUAACAUGUUUUUGUUUAUAUGUGUAACACUUCUAAUGUAACACUCCUAUUUGUUCUAACAGCACUUUUUUUGAAAUUUUAGUUUCUGUGUCACUGAUUUCUUGUCAGUGCUGCAAUAUAUUUUUUUUGUCUGAGUAUUGACUUCCCUAGAUAGCCCAAAACUUGAACCUGCCGCUCUGAAUGCUGAGGAGGAACAUCUCCUGUGUUGAAGAAGAAAUACAAUAAAUAAACUUCCUGGCUUCAGUACAGUAUCUCUACAGAAGAACAUUACUGAAGUUACCCCAUGUAACCAUGCCACACUUCAUGGUGAGCAGGUGGGUUGGAUGACCACUACAUAUAUUAGCAGUAAUGUCAUCAUUUCAUCUCUGGCUACAGGGAUGUGGCCAGAUGUUUCUUUGAGUUUGCCUGCUUGCCAUAAAGCACAGAAUUGCCAUGUUGGAGAGGAGGCUUUAUGGUUGUGGAGGUAGGAAGCACCAGAAAAAGGAGAUUUUCCUGUAUUCUUGAAGGGUCAUGUCAAGUGUUUCCUUCCCCUACUCACUUUUUGUGAUUUCCAUCCAUAAUCCCCUUGGUUCUGUGCUCUUCCUGUGGAAAGAGUACUAUGGAGUAUUCUACAGGUGUAUUGUGAAAAACUUUUUAGUCCCUUUAUGAUUGAAUUCAAUUGAGUUUACAACAACUGAAAGAUGCAGCAAAGUGCAACUGAAUACAAACCAUCAGACAUAAAUGUGUGCACAUACCGUUAAAUGAGAUUGUGUUCAAGUCUCACUUGUGUUAAAGAACGUCCUGUAAGAGCUCCCAAUUGACUUUGCCCUUUGUCUGCCUGGCUUACUAGCUAAGCCUUAGUUACACUGAAGUUUUAUUAUUAACCAUGCUGGUGCACUGUGGCAAAAUGCCAAACAGCUGCUUAGGCCGCUGGUUUUAACUUUAAACUCAAAACCAUAAUGGUUAUACUACACAUUUACUUAAAUAUAUGCUAGUGAAGUUCCCCUUCCCAUCUUCUGUUGCUUAUUAAGAUCAUGUAUCUCAGUGAUGUAUACACUUAAAUAAUAACUUAUUUCAUGCCAUACCUGUUUUUGAAACAUUUUAACUCAAAGAAAUUUGUCUAGUAAAAUAUUUUCUUUUAAAAAAUGA